GAUUUUUUUCUCGCGAUACCUGACUUUGGUAACGUCAAUGUCACAUUUCAGGCGGACUUUCUACUAGAGAAAUGAGAAGUAGACGGACGUAAUCCACACAUUUUACACAACAUUUACAGCAACUGCAAACGAGGUGGUCGUACCGACGUGCGAUGCGUGCCCCUCUGCGUUGGGUGCUGUGGGACGUGAAAGACACCCUGCUGAGGGUACGUUCCUCAGUGGGCGAGCAGUAUUGCGAUGAGGCCAAACGAAUGGGUCUGAGCCUCAAACCUGCCGAGGUGGACGCCGCUUUCCGUCAGGCGUAUCGACAUCAUUCUAGACGAUUCCCAAACUAUGGCAUCUCUCAAGGACUGGACGGACAGUCAUGGUGGACGGAGGUGGUGAAAGCCACCUUCUCUCAGUGCAGAGUGCGUGACCCUGUCCUGCUCAAUGAAAUGGCCCUAAACCUGUACAAGAACUUCUGCAAUGCUGAUAAUUGGGAGGUAUUUCCAGACACAAAGUCAGCUCUAGAAAAAGUCUCCUCACUAGGACUGAAAAUGGGAGUGGUUUCCAACUUCGACAACCGCCUAGAAGCCAUCUUACGCGGUUGCGGGCUGCUCUCUCACUUCAACUUUCUGCUAACAUCAGAAGCAGCAGGUGUCGAGAAGCCCCAUGUGGCCAUCUUUGAUCAGGCGCGGCGAAAGUGCGACGUGCUCCCUACCAGCAUCGUCCAUGUCGGGGACCAUUACACAAACGAUUACCUAGCAUCUCGCUCGGCCGGAAUCCAUGGGUUCCUUUUAGACCGGACAAAUAACUCUAACCAGCAUAAUAUUCCUAAAGAGCAUCUACUCUCGUCGUUAGAUGAUCUCCCAGCACGUCUUCAGCAGCACAUGGAAAAAUGCUCCUGAUUAUUUUUGAGGAUUUUAAAGACAUAUUUAAGUGAUUGUCUCUCCAAAGCGAUUUUCACUGUUAAUUGUUUUCAAAAAAGUUCCCCAAUAUUUCCAGCUGUUUAACAGUAUUUUUGGCCUGGUGUAUCUUGGUUGAACCAAAAGCAGAUCAUCUUUUUUUUUUUUUUUUUUUUUUUAAAUUCUUACACUAUUCUAGGUUAUUUCUGUAACUUUGAGUCUUUUAUUAAAAGAGAUGUGCCAAAAAUUUGGAGCACAUGUACCUUUAAAGGAUAUAAAUAAAAAAUUUCAUAACAAUAUGAUACAAUAUCAAUUAUUUGGUAAAUUUAUAUAUAUAUAUAUAUACAUAUUGAUAUGUGUGUGUGUGUGUGUAUGUGUGGUGUAUCAGUGUUUUUAAUCUUACUUUAAAAAAGUAAUUAGUUAGUUACAAAUGACUUUUCCCAAAAAGUAAUUGAGUUGGUAACGCCAUUACCUCACUGUAAAACUAAUUACUCAGCAAAGUAACUGACUAAAGAUGAAACAAUCUAUUAAUCAACAGCUAAUCAAUUAGCAAAUUAUUCGACAACUAAUUUGAGACUAUUUUAAGACAAUACUUUUUUUCCCCACAUUUUGAAUCCUGCGGCUUAUAGUCCAGUGCAGCAACAAAAGUAUUGGCACCUGCAUAUGAAAUGCUGACAACACAUCCCGAUUGGUCACCAUAUCUCUUCUUGGGUUAUUCUGAGGUCAAGCGCACCACAUCGGAGCGUUAUGAGAGGUUGGAAAGGCGAAAAGUGCACGCUGAAACUUCUGUUUUCUGUGCUCUUACAAA